AUGGCGCGAGCACGACAACCAACCCUCACUGUCUUUGGAGCAACGGGAAACUGUGCUGCUCAUGCUCUCGUGGCCGCGCUGAAAGCUGGCCUAAACUGCAUCACCAUGGUACGCACACCUGCCAAACUGCGUCAUCUGUUAGAAGACCAACACAAAAUACCCUCGAACACACUGGAUUCCAAUCUCGUUGUCGUCCAAGGGAAUAUCAAGUCCACCGAAGACGUCAAGCGUACGCUCACCACCUCCGGGCGUCUUCCAGACCGCAUCCUAUUCGCUGUCGGAGGUUCUCCCAUCAUGCAAUUCAGUCUCGUCGCCCCAAUCAAUCUCGACGACCCACACAUCUGCGAAGAGGGCAUGAAGACUCUCGUCACCGCGCUUCGUUCUUGCAUCACCAACAAGAUCCCACUUGGACCUCUAGGUAUUCGUCCAGUGCUCAUAACCAUCUCCACCAUCAGCAUGAGUUCCCGCCGCGACUUACCCUACCUAUACUAUCCGCUUGAGUACUGGCUGGUAAACAUCCCGCGCAAGGACAAGAAAGCGCUGGAAGAUGUGAUAUGGUCCACCGUGCUAGAGGAUGAUUCACCUUUCGGCGACUUCGCAAUGGUGAGGCCACCACUAUUGAGGGGCGGAGCAGCGCUGGGCCCUGAGAAGGUCAGAGCCGGUUGGGUUUGGCCCGAUCAACUGCGCCAGGAGAAAAUAGCGCAGGGUGAGAAAGAGGCCGGGCCUGCCAUCGGCUGGUCCAUCGCGAAAGCUGAUGUCGGCAGAUGGAUUUUUGAUAAUCUCAUUAUGGGAAACGAUAGCUCCUUUGGAAAGUGCUGGACUUUGACAUCAUGA